AUGUACUGAAUCUUCAGAAUUUUUAUGAAGGAUUUCACAGAAGAGGAAACAGCAAUGUUUUACCCAUUAUACAGAAACAUCUUGAGAUCAGAAACCACAAGGAGGAAAUACUAUGUUAUUUAUAUCUUGAGAAGGUUUAUCCUCUCGAUAAUCCUAGUGUUUAUCUCUAGUCCAUACCUCCAACUGACUUUGGUUAUACUGUUACAAAUGAGCUGCACAAUGUUUCUGUGCUUACAAAAGCAGUUUCUCAGACUUACAGACACAAUUUGAGCAAUUAUGACAGAAUCAAUAAUUCUGGCAAUAUUAAUAAGCGCAUAUUCAUUCCCCAAGGAUAUAAGCAACCCCCAAGAGUUUGAUUUUAAAAACCAUGAGCUAAAAGGAUUAAUAUGAAAUACUAUUGUCUGAGCUACAAUGAUCAUGACCAUACCUAUAAAUAUUGUAGGUAAAACAUAUGAAAAGGAGAAAAAACCUCAAAUCACUAUCGACACCCUCAAAGUCAGCAGUAAGGCCUUUGCUAUAAAAGAAGAACAGAAACAAGAAGAUCAAAAACAGAAACAUAAAACACCUGCCGAUUUUUCUGCAGAAGAUAGGAAAGAAGGAUCUCUUACAAAAGAACCAAAGCCUUCAAUGAUAGGGAUCCUUAGCAAUCCCAAAGUGUUGCCUUCUGCUCUUAAGAAAACUGGGUUCGAAGGGAAAGCCAAACUAAAAGAAUAUGGGGAUAAAAUUAUAGUGACAAGACUUAACAGAAAUCCUUCUAAAAUCAAGCCUUUCAGGAGCAUUUCGGACAUUGAUAAAAAGGUUGAGUUAUCGAGCCAACUGAGCUCUAAUCUGAAAGGACUAGAUAGUCAGGACUCUGUAGACUAUAAUAUGUUUUAGCCAUACUAAA